UUGACUAUACACAUACUAGAUCUCUCUAGUCUUCGUGAGCGUGGGUUGUGCGUCCAUUUUUGUCGUGGUACUUUCGUGCUGUUACAGCGUUUACCGGUUAUUUGGAUUUUCAAUUCAAUAAUAAGAAUUUAUUAAGUAUACGUAGAUUUGUGUUUUUACAAUAAUUAAAAACUAUUUAUUUUAAAACAAUGAGUACUGACAGUAUUGAAAAGUUAUACAAAAAUUUUGGCAUCUUAGCUGACGCCAAAGACAAACUGUCCGAGCAUGAGAAAGAGUAUUUGGAAAUACUAACUGCAGUUAAGGGAACAGCUAAAGAAAAACGAUUGGCGUCACAAUUUAUUGCAAGGUUUUUUAAACACUUCCCUAAGUUAGCAGAUCAAGCAAUUGAAGCCCACUUGGAUCUUUGUGAAGAUGAAGAUAUGGCUAUAAGAAAACAAGCAAUUAAGGAUUUACCAGCGUUAUGUAAAGACAAUAAAGAACAUACCCCACGGAUUGCUGAUAUUUUAGCUCAACUCCUACAAGCCCAAGAUCCUACAGAGCUAGCAGUUGUUCAUAAUAGUAUUAUGUCGUUGAUGAAGAAUGACCCAAAAGGAACAUUGAGUGGAUUUUUCAGUCAAAUUCUCAAUGGAUGUGAUGCUACACGCGAUUGCUGUAUUAAAUUCUUAGCUACGAAGUUGAAAGCACUUGGACAUGAUGUAAUAACGAAGGAACCUGAAGACUUACUCAUUGUUGAGUGUAAAAAAGUUUUAAACGAUGUAACUGCUGAGGAAUUCCACAGUAUCAUGGAAAUGUUGGCAUGGACCCGAUUAGGAUCAACAUUAGCAGGACAACGGGAACUCAUUGAGAUGACCAUAGAACAAGCAGAACUUUCGAUUCCAUUUAAACAUGACAACUUAGAACAAUGGGAUAAACUUGUACAAUGUAUUAAACAUGCACUUCCGCACUUCAGUGCUCAAAUUGAUUCUUCAAGAUAUGUUUCAUACAUUUGCAUGCAAGUUCUUCCACAUUUAUCCUUGAUCACGGCACCUGAUGGUCGUGAUGCCCAAUUGGAAAUUCUGAAACUAUUGGCAGAACUAGUUGCAUUUUGCGGAAAUAUUGAAAAACCAGAAGAAAAAGUACAACAGUUAUAUAAUGCUUUGAUUACUUAUAUGCCGCUUCCUCCUGAUUCAGACAUUUCUGACGUACCAAAGUUACAAUUCAGUCAUGUUGAAUGCCUCAUGUAUGCGUUCCAUAAGUUAUGUAAACAGACUCCGGAAUUUUUGAUCAAGGAUCCAGAACAGUUGAAAGAAUUUAGGUUAAGAUUACAGUAUUUCGCACGUGGGAUACAAGGAUAUAUCAAAAAACUACGCGAAGCAAUUAGCGGCAAAAGUGAAGAUGACUUGAAGACAGACGAAAACCAAUUAAAAGUUGUUGCUUUAAAAACAACCAGUAACAUCAAUACUCUUAUCAAGGAUCUGUUUCAUUCACCACCAAGUUUUAAGAGUAUUAUUCAUCUUUCAUGGAAAACUCCCAUCGUUGACAAAAAGAAUGAGAAAUCAAAUUCAGCUCAAAAAAGACAUACUCCUAUAACAUUUGGCAAUGGAAAUAGUCCAAUCAAACGUGGAAAAGAAGAGAAUAAGGGUGGAAAACGGGAAAUUUACACCCCACCUAGUGGAAAAUACAGUUCAAACAUCUCAUCGAAUUAUGGUAAUCGUGGACGAUUCCGAGGAAAUAGAUCUGGUGGACGGGGAUUCAGACCACGAGGGCGAGGAACUUGGAGGAAAAAUUCAUAUUAAUUACUUCAGUCAACUUGAAAAAUGUGAAUCAAACUCAUAUCACAUCGUCCGCGUAUAAACUUCAAAAACUGAACCUGAACUGAAUAUCUUAGAAGCAAUGUGAUGAUUAAUAGGAUGAUUUUCAACAUUGUGUAUAUUUAUAUGUAUAUGAAGAAUUCGUCAAUGCAGAUUUCCUUCUUCAAUUCUACAAAAGUGUGUAGAAAUAUCGAGACAUCGUUGCAAAGAUAAAAACAAAUUAAUCCUCAUUUGAAAAAGUUCGAAGAUAAUUUCGUCAUUUCUAGAUGAAAUGACACAAUAAUUAACCAAAAGAAAACUUAAUUAGUGAUGCAUACGUUUCCAUGCAAGAUUCGCAUAAUUGAAUUGUAAAAUGAUAUAUUUUUUAUUGAUUUUCGCAUUUUCAAUACUUGUUGAUUGUUUAAAAACGUGAAAGUGAUGAGAAACUAUACAAGUUAAAAAGUGAAGAUAAUUUUUCAACCGAAAUGAAGACUAGAGGCAUCGCGAGAAUUUAUGAUGAGUGUAAAGAAUUUUGUAUUUUCCUGAAAAUUUGUUGUAGAGCCUUGAUAAUUUCCUUUUCCUUUUUUUACGAUCCAAAAAAUUCCGUCCCAUUUUAAAUAUUCUGUUUUUGUAUUAUGUCAACAGGGACAUAAGUGAUACGAAGCUGGCUAUUUUCAUCGAAUGACUCAUAGAAAUUAUCUUUCAGUCAAAGAAACAAUAACCAUUUUCCAAAUAAUCAUGAAUAUAUGUCAAUGUAGUAGACAAUUGAUAACCCACAGAAUAUAUAAUUAAAUUUUUUUAAAUUAAAAGUAAAUAAUUAUUUGGAAUAGUUGUGGUUUCUUUGAUUAAUAAUAACUUGAAAUAAUUUUUCAGAGUUUCUCGACGUUUGGGAAAUGGAAUAAAAGCACAUGGAUCCAGGUCAAGAGAAUAACAAUUUUGUAUUGUUUCAGAGCCAUUAAACUGCAAAUUGGUGAAGGUGUUUGCAGUUCUAUCGUGAAAAUAUUUUUUGUUUUUCAGAUGCAGAUGUUUGUUUGGGCUGAUUGCCUUUUACGUGUGUAUUUUGAAAUUUCCUUCUUUUUAUAGCUGUUUGGUAAGGUGAGUUUGUGAAUACUCGUAUCAAUUACCCUUUGCUCCUACCUCACCUUCCUUCUCAAUACUUUCAUGUUUUUUUUCUGUGUACAAUCUAAAUUAAUUUUAUUGUCUCAAUAAACGUUUAUCAAUACUCUAAAAAUA